GAAGCAGUUCAAGGCUUAGUCCUGAACUUGCCAAGGUCAGAGGAACUACGAUUAAAUUGGAAGGCAUUCACAAAGAUGGAGAUGCUGAGACUGCUUCAACUCGAUUUUGUUCAUCUAAGUGGAAGCUACGAAUAUCUUUCUGGUAGACUAGUAUGGCUAUCUUGGAAAGGAUUUUCUUUAACAUGCAUUCCAUCAACCAUUAUUAUGGAUAACCUGGUUGCCAUUGACUUGAGCCAUAGCAAGCUUAAACAAGUUUGGAGAGGAACUAAGGUUAUGUGCAAAUUGAAAUACCUCAAUCUUAGUCAUUCCAUUUUCUUGAUCAGAACUCCAGACUUCACGGGGUUAAACAGUCUUGAGAAAUUGUUGCUGAGUGGUUGUACAAAGCUGGUAGAUGUUAACCAAUCUAUUGGAUGUUUGAAUAGUCUUGUUGUCUUGGAUCUGAAUAACUGUGAGAAUCUUGAGAAGAUACCCUUGAGCAUUUUCAUGUUGAAGUCUCUCAUUGAUGUCAAUCUGUCGGGCUGCUCCAAAUUACAGUGGCCAACAUAUUUUCAGAGAUCGUCGCUAGAAUCAAGCAUUUUGUCGUUACAGUUUUCAAGUAGGAUCAGGAAAUUAGCUAUGGAAGGCUGCAAUAUAACACAUGUGCCCAUCGAAAUUGGUAGUUUGAUGUCCUUGGAAUUUUUGAAUCUAGGCAGAAACAAUUUUUCUAACCUACCAGCUACCAUCGCUAACCUUCCGACACUGAAGGUCCUCCUUGUGAACAUGUGUAGUAGGCUUGAAUCGAUUGGGGCGCUUCCAGUAAAUUUAUUGGGGUUGAGUGCACACUACUGCACCUCAUUGCAAAGCGUAUCAAUGGAAUCAAAAGCAGCAGAAGCAGUAUUCAUGGCUUGUUUCCAUUGUCCCAAAUUAGUCAACAACAAUUUUACAUAUAAUUUUAGAAGAAAUAUACUCCAUUAUGCGGGACUGGAUGAAAAAAGACAGUAUAAUAUUGUUGUUACGGGGAGUGAGAUUCCGAGGUGGUGCAACAACCAGAGGGAUGGAAAUGUUGUACGUUUUCGGGUGGAUCGGAUGAUACAAGGGUUUAUUCUCUGUGUUGCUUUUUCUGGCCGCUAUAAUCAAUCUACUAGCCGUCUUAGUUUUAUACCUGAUUUGUUUAAUAUAACCGAGGGAGAUUUAUCUUCACUCGCCGGAGAUAUGGUUGGUUUUGAUCAUCCAAAAUGUGAAGAUCAUCCAAGUUUUGAAGAUCAGAUGUGGCUCUCCUACGUACCAAACCAGACUGAAGGGCCGGAUAGUACUUUUUUUUUUGAUGGAGAGGAAGUGGAAAUAACGACAAGGACGUGGACAUCAGACUUGCGGGUGAACAAGUGUGGGGUUAGUUUGGUUUACGAGGACGAUGAGAAGGAUACCGACACUUCUGCUGAAGAUGUUCCUCGAGUUGAUGAAAAUGUGCUUGCGGUAAAGCCGGUUAGGGAUUCCAAUAUUCUUCUUAACGCUGGUAUUUUUACUGGAUCAGUCUCAUUCGUUGGGUACUUAAGUCACUCCAGAAAAGCAAUGCAGAAGAAACUUGAGUCUUCUCCACGAGAAAACCCUAAUUGAUUGAGCGUGGAUUGCUGAUUUUGCUUCGAUUGAGCAUCGAUUUUCUAUAAUUGAUUGUGAGCCUACUAUCAAAAUAUGUACAUCUCAGAGUUUGAGCUUCGUAGUAUUUCAAAGAGCUUUAUUGGGAUUGUAUCGUCACAAUCACCAUCUUUAUAUUGUUCUUGGUCUUUGCCUUGCUGUCCGUCCUUCGAUCAUUGGCAGAAUUUUAAUUAGAACAUCUGCAACUUCUGGAGGAAAAAUAGUUAAUGCUUGAAGGGUUUGUUGGUGGUGCCUUUGAAGUGUUUUUUUUUUUUUUUUGGGUGGUGGUGUCUUUUGUAUGUUGUACGGACCUUUUGUGGUGGUGUCUUUUGGAUGUGUUGUACGGUCCUAGUGGUAUGUAAAUGUAAUAGUAGUAGUAAUGGUUUUGUGUAUAUUUGACCUAUGCUUUUGUGUGCCAAGGAACCUGAAUUUCUAUUGCACUCCGUUUAGUUGAAUGUGAAAGUGUGGGUUAGUCUGGUUUACAAGCAU